UAUAGCAUUGAUAUAACAAAAAACAACUAAAUAUAAAUGGCUGCCUAAUUCUUAGUAAGGACACUGGAUUUUUAUAACUUUUCAGUUCCUGGAUAAAGAUAAAUCACCAUGAAGGUUGGCCACUGAUUGGUCAAGUCUUGGAAGCGAUUUCUUGUUGCUACGUGAAGAACUGUGGGAAAAUGGCAAUCGAUUCGUCGAAAACCAAAAAUCGAAAUAAUCACUGAAUGAAUUAGAUUUGUGGCAAAGGAUUUUGUCUUAAAAAAGACGUCGAUAUUUGAACGUUGUGAAGUCAUUUGCUUAGAGUCAAACUAAAUCUAUCAUUUUCAUCGUGAAACUUUAGGAAAGAUUUCCUUCUACUAUUUCAAUGGAAAAGUCAUUCUUUAGAAUCUCGUACAAUAGAUGUUACCCCGAAUGCUGUUAAUAAGAACUAUUGGUGUGACAGAAUUUCUCGUCUUCUUGACGUUUGGGCUUUUUUCUUGUUCUUGGUGUCUCAGUAACUCGACUCGUGAGUGUGCAGCGGAUGGUUACUCGAAUGGUUGCAGUGUUCCGUUAGGCAUGGAGGCACCUUACAAAACAAGUUUUACUCCAGCCUGUAAUAAACACGAUAUCUGUUAUGGAUGCGGUCAUCAUUAUAACUGGACACGCGAUCUGUGCGACGAUGCAUUCCUCGCGGACAUGAAAAACAUGUGCAAGCAUCUCCAUGGCAACGUGCGACGUAAACGAUUCCUCAGUGCUCUGCUGGAAGUCUGGUACUUUAUCCAAGGUAUCAGUAAGGACGAACGCCGGUGCAAUCUCUUUGCAGAGAUGUAUUAUAAAGGAGUCAGAACGUUUGGAAAGUCUCAUUUUGAGAUAAGAGAUCACGAUUAUUGCUGGAACACGUGUGCUGAUAAACACGGAAGUCCUUUUGAGGAUGUUCCAAGGGAGUUUUUUUACUAAAAUAUAUAGAAUGUAUUGUGCAUAAAAAAAAGACUUCGAAACGAGCCAAUCUCGGCCGGUAUCGCAGUAAAAGAGAGAAAGAGAGAGAUAGAGGAAAGGAAAAGGACGCGAAAUUAAUAGAGAAAGAAAGGAACCAAGAAAAGCAGGAAAAAAAAUGAAUGAAUAUAGAAAGAAAAAGACAAUCGUCGCAAUUUGUCCGCGUCAUAAACAAUAAACAUUCGUUGCUGCUAAAUUACCUGAAAACGACAUCAAUACUGGCGAACAUGUUGAGGAUUACCACUUCAGACCGGUGGAGCUUGCUGCAUAACUUUGGAUGACGUGGUCUGCUGGAUCGGUCUGUGUAUAUUAGGACUAUUACAUAAUUACCUUUAUCUGUCACUUGCUCGUGUAGAAAUGGCAUCACAGCUAUAGCCAUGAUGUGGUAGUUGAGUGUAAGCUGUUUUUCAAUAUUGGUUUUAUUUCUUUGGGUAUGCGGCUAACCAAACUUUUCAUCUCUAAAUUUGCUUUCAAAUCUCAAAAAUCAUGUAAACUUGAUAGUUUUGUGGGCAAAUAAAGUAAAUAACAUUGAA